GUACGUAGAACAUUCAUUUCUUUCGCUAUUCGAUCUAUUCGCCUUUGUUCGCAUCAUUUGGCCGCGCUAUUGGGUUCAAGAGCAUAUAUUCUGACGAUGUGAAGCAGGUGAUAUUCCCUUGUUAUAUAAGGGAAACCGAAGCUGAACGUAAUAAGGGAACUAUAACAUGCCCUUGAAACCUCGCUCUCGACAUUAGUCCCCGAACUCGUUCGACGACUGCGCUGUGGUUCAUACGGCAGGAAUCAUAUUGUGGGCGACCCUCCGUAGAACGUCUCAAGGAUUGAGGACAACCUUUGUUCCCAUUCAAAUCUAAUCUCGACAUUUCAACUCAGACGUCUGAUGCGCCGAUGGGUCUAGGGCUUGGCAGGUGCAUUCAUCCCGAUCAUCUAAUUGUUGUUGAACUUUGACUUAAACGGCGAUUGUCAAAAGCGUUAUCACAGAGGGGUUCUCAAGGACCAAAUGGAUGCUUCAAGAGGUCAACUAAUGGGAAGGAUUGACCACAGUACAUUGGAAGGCUCAUACGGUUCACAUUACCCGACGUGGCACACCCGUAGAUAACCGGCCUUUAGACACCGAGAUAUCUUCGGAUUUAACAGACUUACCUUUUCCACGCCUUUGCAGCCCGAAGGCGUUCUACCAAAAUCCGGGGUUGAUUUACCGCGCUCUAUGGUAGACCGUAGGUGGUAUGUGCUAAAAGCUGUAACUCGUGAUCUUUAUCAGGACGAAUAUGGGUCUAGCCCUGAACAUAUUAUACUACCUCCUGGUUACCUUGCGUUUCCAGUAUCGUAUUGCUGCCGAGGCUUUCAGCGACUUUUACCUCAAGACCCACCGGUACUUCAACCGACUCUAUGCAGUUCCCUCGAUUUCGCAGAAGUGACAAAGGGUCGUACGAACUCCUUCCAACCGAUUCUGUCUCUGCCGUGAAGGUAUUCAAACGGUCGGGCAUGGCUAGACCAUGCAAAUUGCUAGCGUCGAUCCUUGUUGUCGCCUCUCUGUGCAUUAACUUUUUCUUUAUUUUCGCAUCAGCCCCUCCGCCGGUUCCCCCUCCAGAACCCGAACCUCAACCCCAUAACCCAGAUCUUAGACCUAAUCCAGUAGACAGGUACCAGGCAUUACACCAUUUUCCUGUAAUUGAUGAAGCAUGGGGGCAUGUUCCUCUCAAUCGAAAAGAACACGCCGUUGUGACCGUCCUCACAGACGAUGCCUUUGCCUCUGCGGUAGCAACGCUCGGGCAUAGUAUCCGCAAGGCCAAUAUCACUGCCCGCCUCAUAAUGCUCUAUCUCCCAGAGUUCGUAUCUGAAACAUCUCUUUGCGUCGCAACCGCAUCGGGUUUCGUCCCUCAACCGGUUCCUCGUAUCGCGCCUCCAGAAGGCGUAAACGGACACUUUGCAGAAACAUUCACAAAACUGCACAUGUGGAAACUCGAUCAAAAGGGUGUCAAAAGCCUCGUAUACCUCGACGCUGAUACACUAGUGCGGAGGAAUUUCGACGAACUUUUUUCACUACCUUUCAACUUCGCCGCCGUUCCCGACGUUUAUCUAGAUGACAGAGGGUUUACGCUCGGGUUCAAUUCUGGGAUUAUGUACAUUCGUCCAUCUACUGCCGUGUAUGAAGAUAUGGUGGCCAAGAUUUAUACCGCCGACUAUCCACGAUGGGAAGCCGACCAGGCGUUCUUGAAUAUUUACUUUGGCAAUGAAGUCAUUCGCCUACCUUAUGCUUACAAUGGGAACCUCGCUAUGAAAUGGCGGGCAGGGAGGAUGUGGAAGGAGACGCAAAACGAACAACGAAUCGUUCAUUUCACGCUCACGAAACCUUUUGUUGGUGAGGGCUACUCGGCAAUUCCUAUAGAGGAUAUGGAGAAGCAUGUUAUGGAGGUAGCAGACCAGUCUUGGGAGGGUGCUUUCGGGAAAGAGAUGCGUUGGUGGAGGGAAAUGUUUUCGGAGAUGAGGCAGGAAUUUGGGGAGGAGUUGAAUCUAUGUUACCACCGAUCACGCUCGCAGUGGCUACCAUAGUUUCAUUGUUGGACUUGCCAGUCUGUUAUGACCCCCCCACUAAGGUGUCCUUGCACAUCUUGCUCGGUAAACGGCAUGGCUGUAAUCUAGCAGCCCUGACUGGUCGAAUCCACCUGUAUAAUUCAACAUUUCCGAUCGAUCGUAACCAAUGUAGAGGGAAAACUAAUAUUUUGAGUGAUGGGC